AUGCCAUCAAGCACCAGAAAUAUCCUCCUCUACUUCCUUGCCAUUUGGCUGCCCUUCCUACCCGUCCUCAUCGUACGCGGCUGCGGUGCAGACGUCCUGAUUAACCUCGCCCUGGACCUGCUCGGAUGGAUCCCCGGUGUCAUUCAUGCCUGGUACAUCAUCAGUCAAAGCGAGAAGCGGGAGUAUGUUGGUGUUGAUCCCGGAUAUGGAAGCACAUAUGGUCGCAGGGAGAAGACGGUGAGAUACUAG